UCCUUGGGGAUCGGUUGCAUAUGAAGAAUUAGCUAAAAGCUUGAAUAAAAAGUUGAAACCCAUAGGAAAGUUUUAUAUGCUCCAUGGAAUGCCACUUGCCAUUCAGAUUUGGUUGUAUGAGUGUUGUUCUGAGGUCCCUUGUACUGUUUCUUUCAAGGUGGACUCUCAAAUUCCACGUCUUUUAAAUUGGAAGACAAAUGCUAUUAGCCCACGAUGUGAAUCACUUACGAAAAGUUUGCUUAAUGAUGCAAAUGACAAGGUUGUUUUUAAGAAUAUUGAGCCAACACGAAAGGAGAUUUCAACCUUUCAGAUACCUAAGAAGGUUGUAUCUAGAGGUGGACGUCAUAAACAAGAUUAUGGUGAUUCUGAUGAUGAUUUUCAGGAUCCUCCACGUCAAGACAAGCUUUCAAUCAGCAAAAAUAAAUAUCAAGGUGAUUCUUCAAAUUCACAUAUCAAGAAAAAGUUGAAGAAACAACCAAAAGUUAUAGAUCAGCAUACACCAAAAAGGACUCCUCCAAGUCAUGCUGUGAAGAUAUCUUCUGUGAAGACAUCAAUUUUCAAGGCGAUUCAAGCAAAAGAAACAAUACCUUCAAACUGAAAGACAUUCUGAUUCAGUCGCCUAAUAUGUUUUUUUUUUCGAUCGCGAAGAUGAAGAUACUUUUAUUUAUAAGAAAGUGUU